CAGUGGGCCGUUCUGGCCCUGCGGCCGUCUUGUCUUCUGUGAGCCAGUCAGAAGGGGCCGCUCUAGCAGCAGAGCCUCCGGCGCCUCUUGUCUCUCCUCCCUUUCGCCUGCGAGAGACGGAUGGAGCCGCCUUUGGGGUUUGAGUUUGAGGAGUCGGUGUUUGAGGGGGGCGGCCGGGGGCAGAAGGACCCCUCCUCGCUUCCCCCUGCCUACAGUGCCCGUUGCUGCGAGCCUCAGUGGUUUUGUGAGGAAACAGACUUUGAGGAGGAUGCUGAAAUCAUCAAUGUAAAAAAAUUCAGAGGAGAUUUGGCAUAUAAGCAACAAGAAUUUAAGUAUUUGCAAACCGCAUUUCAGAAGGCUCUGUGUGAAUACUCCAGCUGCCAUGAUCUGCUGCCUCCCAGCAAUGUAGCCAUGAGAAGAGACGUACAAGAGAGUCAGGCUCGCUGUCUAGCUCAUCUGGGGCAAUACAAGGAAGCUUUGGAGAUCGCAGAGACGCUGAGAAACGGAGCGACAAACACUGACCACGUAACGACGAUACUGGGCCUGCAGUUUACCAUAUACCGCACCAUGGACCAUCCGGAGAAAAUGACCGAGUGCUUGCAGCAACUGGUUUCGUUACAUCCUUUUCACUCGGGAUAUUGGAAGCUGCUGGCUGAGGCUUAUUUGAGCCUUUUGCCUUUCCCGCCGCCCUUGUUGGCCUCGGGACAUGAUCUCCCACAAUGCAAUGGAUCGUCCGUUUUAUCAGAGCCCCUUAGAAACAGAGCCAUCUUUCAGCGUUGCAGUAAACACACUUGGAGGAAGGAUUUCUCUUUGCCGCUUCCCUCUGAAACAAACGGGAGCUUUGUGACUGGUGAGGAAAGCCAGAGAGUGGAGGGACACAUCACUGACCUGGAAAAACUGGAGCCCCAGCACACAGAGAAAAGUGUUACGUUGGGCACCAUGGGACGGGAAGAGAUUUGGAUGUAUGCAUGUGCUUCCUUUGUUAGAGCAAGGCUCUUGCUUCAGCUCCUCCAGCUGCAUCAGUGCACCUUCGCUUUAGAGAGCAACUUAAAAGCGCAGCAGGAAAUUGAAGAUAACGUUGCAUCUUUUGGACUGCGGAGAGACGUCUUGCUCUUGGUGACUGAGGUUAUGGGGGAGGAUCUCACCCCUGAAAAACUCAAGGAGGAUGCCCAGGGAGAGGUGAAGUGUAUAGGAGCUUCCGCUCUGGCUUCCCUGAUGACCGCCGCAACAGCAAGCUUUGAAAGAAAGUGGUUCCAGAAGCUCAGAGGCCAGCUGUGCUGCUUGGACUGCUGCACGUGAUGGAAGUUGGCCCCAGUUAAGACUCUUUCUAUUUGGUUUUUACCCCGCCCGGGACGAGGACUCCAUUGGACGUAGCUAAGGGGCGUGGUCAGCCAGGCUACUCAGCGUUGGUUGGGGGGGGGGGACAAGCAGGGAUUCCACACCUGAAGUGGCCUGCGGCCACCUCCUCCAAGAACAUUGUUUCUGCUCGCAUCAGAGUGCCUUGGGCAGUGGGAGGUGGAUAGGCUGGAGCUGGGUGGGGUCUGAAAACAUGUGAUGUAGUGAAGCAGAUCUGGGCCAGGUUAACGACACACGUGAACACACACG